GCUCCACUGGGCCAACUGCGGUCGAUAUAUAAAACGAAAGGGGUCACUUUAAAUUGUCCUUCCAGCCUGCGCUAACAAGAGACGAGAUAAGAAGCUCUCCACAAUGUCACCAAAGAAGGCCAAGAAGAAGGAGGGCGCUAGCUCAAAUGUCUUCAGCAUGUUUGAGCAGUCCCAGAUUCAGGAGUUCAAAGAGGCCUUCACCAUUAUGGACCAGAACAGAGACGGAUUCAUCGACAAGAAUGACCUGAGGGACACCUUCGCUGCCCUGGGCCGUCUCAACGUGGGCAACGACGAGCUGGAAGAGAUGCUGAAGGAGGCGCCUGGCGCCAUCAACUUCACCGUGUUCCUCACCAUGUUUGGGGAGAAGCUGAAAGGGACAGACCCCGAGGAGACCAUCCUCAACGCCUUCAAGAUCUUCGACCCGGAAGCGAAAGGAGUCCUCAAAGGAGACGAAAUCAAAUACUAUCUCAUGUCUCAAGCGGACAAGUUCACCGAGACUGAGGUGAACCAGAUGUUCUCCAACUUCCCCCUGGACGUCGCUGGGAACCUGGACUACAAGAACCUGUGCUACGUCAUCACCCACGGAGAGGACAAGGAGCAGGAGUGAGCUCUGCUCGCUUCCUGACCGUCACCACCUGUAAAUAAUGUUUUAACCAAUCCCUGACCGCGGUCACCCCCCCCCCCCCCCCCCCCCCC